GGUGAAUUUGAGGCUGGAAAAUACAGAUGUCUGAUCUGUAACAAGGAGUUUAACUCUGAAAGUGGAGUAAAGUAUCACAUCAACUCGGUCCAUUCACAGGACUGGUUUGUCACGAAUAAAAAAGCCUCCAAGAAGUUUGAAAAGUUCCUGAAAAACCAGCGUCGGGAGGCUCUGCCUCAUGCAGACAAGCAGAUUGUUGAUCAGUACCAUCAUCAUCAGCAUCAGCAGCAGCAGCAGCAGCAGCAGCAGCAGCACCCUCUGCAGCCGUUACAUCACCUCCAGCACCAAACCCAGUUCCUCCAGCCUCAGCCUGAGCCACAGCUCCAGCAGCCCGUGCUCCACUACACGCCUCUGGARCCUCCAAUCUGGAUGGACCUGGACCGGAAGGAAGCGGUGCCCGGACCCGAGCAAACCCAAAUCCACCUGCAGAUGGUGGACAUGGACAGGCCCGACGGAGCGACGGCGGUUAAAGGGAGGUACAAGGAGGAGAGGGGAGGGGAGCAGAGGGACUGCUUCGCGUUCUGCAGCAGCUCGUCCAGCGAACCGGAGCUGGAGCAGCAGGACGGGAGGGGGGGACGCUCGGACCAGUGGAGCCUGAAACGGCCCKGCGUGGUGGAGCCGCACGCCGAGGCGGGAAAACCACACCGAAACGCUUGAAAAGACUCAUCAACUCUUCAGAUGUCUGCUUUUAUACAGACGUCUACUCAUCAAGUGACGUAAAAAUAUCUGGUAACACCGAGGUGAGGGGGCUGCUGGGUCAAACACCAACGAUGUAACGUUUUCACAAGUUGAAUAAACUUUUGGUUUAUGAUAUGAUUGAAGAUAAAUCUAUUGAUAUGUUCA